AUGACUUUAAUGAUCACACAUCAAUUGGUAUCAGAAGUUAAGAAAGCGUUUGAUGUAUUUAUCGAUUCAUUAAAUCAGUAUUUUGAUCUUAUUGAAGAUAUUACCAAUGAAGAUAUUGAAUCAACUUUUGUUAAAUGGUAUACUCAUGUAACUGUUAGAGGAACUGGCAUUGUACAGGCUAAAAGCAAUUAUUACAAUGCAUCCGAUUUUAGCAAUGUAGUAGUUAAUAUGAAUGAGAAAGAAGUUGAAAGUUAUAAUACAGUUGAUGAAACAUAUUUUGCUAAACUCUUAAUGUUGUUCAGUUUAAAGAUAUCCAGUUAUAAAGAACAAGAGUUAGCAUUAGUUCAAUG